AUAAAAAAAAUUAUUUAUUUUUUAAAAAUUAGCAAUUAGUAGUGUUUAUUCAAAGGCACAUAAAAUGUUUGGAAAACAAUUGGUUAGUUUGCUAACAAUUUUAUUGAUUACAGCAUUUAAUUGCUAUAAUUGUUUAAAAGAUAUACAAAAAGAAUGUCCAGAUAUAUCAUUUAUUACACGUACCGAAUGGGGCGCACAUAUAUCACACAAACACAUGCGUCCGAUACAACUACCCGUCCGUCAUCUAUUCGUAUUUUCAACCGGUUACAUACGAAACCAGUGUCUGGACCUACAAUCAUGUAUACUAGCCGUACGUCGUGUUCAAGAUAAACAUAAAAUAGCAUACGAUAAAGAUAUUGCCUUUAAUUAUCUGAUUGGCGGCGACGGCCGGGUAUAUCUGGGACGGGAUCAACAUUUAAAGGGUUCGAUGCCUAAUCAAAUGGGCAAUCAAUCACUGUCGAUAGCAUUUAUUGGUAUGUUUGGUAAAAAACAGCCCAACCAGCUUAUGUUAGAUACGAGUCAACGUUUGCUAAAAUGUUUGGACAAUCUGGGCGAUCGAUUGACCAGCGAUUAUCAAUUGCAUGCCGAUAGAGAUCAAUGGUGUUCAAAAAGUCCGGGCGAAAAACUAUACGAACUGAUUAGACAAUGGCCACGUUAUGUUGGCGGACCAUUACCCGGUUAUUCUUGCAAUCCAUAUAAGGGUCCUAAUGGUGGUCGUGGUGGUGGUGGUGGUGGUAAUGCUACAACUAUUGGCGAUCCUAUAAAUCUAAACGAUGGACCUGCUGCUAGCAAACCAGAUAGUGUUGAUAGUUACUAUGGCAACUAUCGUGAUGGUCGAUUCGGUUCUACUACUGGUGGUGAAGCUCCUGAUGGUGCAGCUCCUGCUGGUGCAGCACCUGGUGGUGCAGCUCCUGCUGGUGCAGCACCUGGUGGUGCAGCUCCUGCUGGUGCAGCACCUGGUGGUGCAGCUCCUGCUAGUGCAGCUCCUGGUGGUGCAGCUCCUGCUGGUGCAGCUCCUGGUAGUGCAGCUCCUGCUAGUUCAGCUUCUGGUGGUGCAGCUCCUGUUGGAUCAGCUCCUGCUGGUGCAGCUCCUGUUGGAUCAGCUCCUGCUGGUGCAGCUCCUGUUGGAUCAGCUCCUGCUGGUGCAGCUCAUGUUGGAUCAGCUCCUGCUGGUGCAGCUCAUGUUGGAUCAGCUCCUGCUGGUGAAGCUCCUGUUGGAUCAGCUCCUGCUGGUGCAGCUCCUGUUGGAUCAGCUUCUGCUGGGGCAGCUCCUGUUGGAUCAGCUCCUGCUGGUGCAGCUCAUGUUGGAUCAGCUCCUGCUGGUGCAGCUCAUGUUGGAUCAGCUCCUGCUGGUGCAGCUCCUGUUGGAUCAGCUCCUGCUGGGGCAGCUCCUGUUGGAUCAGCUCCUGCUGGUGCAGCUCCUGCUGGUGCAGCUCCUGUAGGUGCAGCUCCUGGUGGUGCAGCUCCUGGUGGUGCAGCUCCUGCUAGUUCAGCUCCUGUAGGUGCAGCUCCUGGUGGUGCAGCUCCUGGUGGUGCAGCUCCUGCAAGUGCAGCUUCUGUAGGUGCAGCUCCUGCUGUGAUUGGCAGUCAUUAAUUAAGCAUUGAAUUUCCAACAAACCCCCCCACAAACCUCUUUAAAAUUAUAAUCUUAAUAAAAUUAAUUUCAAUAUAAAUGGUAAUGAUAAAAUAUCUAACUGACAAAUAUCUAUGAUAAAAAAUAAAGUUAUCUAAAUAAAAUUUAUAAUAAAUAAUAUGCUUAAAUUGUAUAAUUGUAU